CGGGCGGCGGGACUUCCGUGUUGGCGGGAUUCUGAACGCUACCAUGGCUCACACCGUGCAGAACGUUACAUUGUCGCUCACUCUGCCCAUCACGUGCCACAUUUGCUUGGGGAAGGUACGCCAGCCUGUCAUAUGCAUCAACAACCAUGUAUUUUGUUCAAUUUGUAUCGAUUUGUGGUUGAAGAAUAACAGCCAGUGUCCAGCUUGCAGAGUCCCCAUCACUCCUGAAAAUCCUUGCAAAGAGAUUAUUGGAGGGACAAGUGAAAGUGAACCUAUGCUAAGCCACACAGUCCGGAAGCACCUUCGGAAAACGAGACUUGAGUUACUCCACAAAGAAUAUGAGGAUGAAAUUGAUUGCCUGCAGAAAGAGGUAGAAGAGCUUAAGAGUAAAAAUCUCAGCUUGGAGUCACAAAUCAAGACUAUUCUAGAUCCUUUAACCUUGAUUCAGGGCAACCAAAAUGAAGACAAGCAUAUAGUUGCGGAUAAUCCAAGUAAAAUUGACCCAGGAACUAUAGCAGAGUGGAAGAAAAAACUUAGAACAGCUAAUGAAAUCUAUGAAAAAGUGAAAGAUGAUGUAGAUAAGUUAAAUGAGGCAAAUAAAAAACUGAAAUUGGAAAAUGGUGGCCUGGUAAGGGAGAAUUUACGACUGAAGGCUGAAGUUGAUAACAGAUCACCCCAGAAGUUCGGAAGGUUUACAGUAGCUGCUCUUCAGUCCAAAGUAGAACAGUACGAACGUGAAACCAAUCGCCUCAAGAAAGCCCUGGAACGAAGUGAUAAGUAUAUAGAGGAACUAGAAUCUCAAAUUGCACAGCUAAAAAAUUCAAGUGAAGAGAAAGAAGCUAUGAAUUCCAUUUGCCAGAGAGCACUUUCUACAGAUGGCAAGGGGAACAAAGGCAGCGAGGAGGAUAUACCGUCAAAAAAUCAAGGUGAUGGUGCCAGAAAGCCACUGGGCCCAUCGGCCUCAAGUUCUCACCUGGCACAGCCUUCUAAUAGUUCUGCCCGGCAGGAAAGCACCAGCAAAACAGAACUAAAAUGUUCUAAGAACAAAGACCUAUAUCAAAAGCAGGUAGAAAUGUUAGGCGUGACAGACACAAGUAUGGAUACUUAUUUGGAAAGAGAAUGGGGUGGUAAGCCAAGUGACUGUGCGCCCUACAAAGAUGAACUUUAUGACCUUCCAGCUCCUUGUACUCCUUUGUCCCUCAGUUGCCUUCAGCUCAAUACUCCAGAAAAUAGAGAGAGCUCUAUAGUCAAAGCAGGAGGUUCCAAAAAGCACUCAAACCAUCUCCGAAAAUUGGUGUUUGACGAUUUUUGUGAUUCUCCAAAUGUCUGUAGUAAAGAUUUUUCAGAAGAUGAUAAAAGUGAAAACGAAAAGAAAUCAGAGUGUUUUACUUCCCCAAAGACAGGGUUUUGGGAUUGUUGUUCCACAAGCUAUGCCCGAAGCUUGGAUUUCGAAAGCUCAGAGGGGAACUCGAUUGCACAUUCUGUUGGAGAAAUUUCUUCAAAACUGAGUGAGAAAUCAGGCUCAUGUUUAUCCAAGAGGCUGAAUUCUCUUCGCUCUUUUGAAAUCAAUCGGACAAGAACAUCCAGCGAAGCCUCAAUGGACGCAGCUUACCUUGACAAAAUCUCUGAGCUGGAUUCAAUGAUGUCUGAGUCAGACAAUAGCAAGAGCCCUUGUAAUAACGGUUUUAAGUCACUGGAUUUGGAUGGGUUAUCAAAGUCAUCUCAAGGCAGCGAAUUUCUCGAGGAACCAGAUAAAGUGGACGAAAGAACUAAGCCAAACCUUUCCAAAGGUUCUCUGGCUACUGAUCAGUUAGAAAAUGGAAAUGAGUGGAAACCCUCUUCCUUUUUCCUCCUCUCUCCACCUGACCAAGAAAUGAGUGAAGAUUUUUCACUCCAUCCUAGUUCUAACUCAGGAACUAAUGAAAUCAAACCCCCAAGCUGUUUGUUUCAGACUGAGUUUUCCCAAGGUGUUCUGUUAAGCAGUUCACAUCAGCUAUUUGAAGAUCAAAGGUUUGGGUCAUCUUUGUUUAAAAUGUCCACAGAGAUGCAUGGUCUUCAUAACCACCUGCAGUCUCCUUGGUCUACUUCUUUUGUGCCUGAAAAGAGAAACAAAAAUGUGAAUCAAUCAACAAAAAGAAAAAUCCAGAGCAGCCUUUCCAAUGCCAGCCCAUCAAAAGCAACUAAAAGUUGACUCAGUAGAAAGGUGUCAUUUAUGUUUUUGUCCUGAGCAGAGUAUAAAUGUUUAAAGUUACUUUUUUCCCCUUAUAAAAGUUCUGUACGAUCUUGAGUUGAUAAUCUUUAGUCAAGUGUCAAGGGAGAAUAUGGUGGAUUAGCCUGCACUGGCCAGGAGUGUCCAACCCGCAGCCUGUGGGCUGCGUGCAGCCCAGGAUGGCUGUGAAUGCGCCCCAACACAAAAUCAUAAAUUUACUUAAGACCUCUUUUUGCUCAUUCAGUUUUCAUUAGUGUUUUUGUGUUUAAUGUAUGGCCCAAGACAACUCUUCUUCCAGUGUGGCCCUGAGACACCAAAAGGUUGGACACCCCUUCCAGUGUAUCCAGAAUACUUUUGUUUAUUCUGAAGAGUUUGUUCUAUUGCAUUUUCAUUUGGGAAUCUUUUUGACCAGAAGACAGGCAGAGGGUUUCUU